GGUGAUGUGAGUUGGUGGUAGGCAAGGUUUCGGGGACUUACAAUGGACUACGUACGCGUGUGUCUCGGUGUUCUUCCAAUUCUCUUGGCACUCUGUCAUCCAGCUCAUGGUGCUUGUCGUUGUCGAGACCAGAGUGAGUGUGAUCUUCCCAAAAAGUACUGCGAGGCUGGGUGUGAGACUGGUUUCACAGGCAGUCGUUGCCAGUAUGUCAACCAAUUGGCAUACGCAUCCUGCAAAGUCCACCAAGACGUAGUCGAUGAGAACCUCAGCACGUGUACAAGUCAGGGUUACACAGGUUAUAUAACAUGCAGUAUCGAAGGCCCACCCAGAGAAUUUAACAUCAUUCGAAUUUUUCAUGAACCAAGUAAAAGUCUGCCCUCAUUUUACAUUGCUACAAGGGGCGAAUGGGAGCAAGUAUCGAUUCACAAAAAUGUGACCAACAAGAUUACUGACUACGAGUACAAAGGGAAGCGGUUAAACUCCAGUCUUAUAUUACACCCUAAGUUCAGAGUGUGCGAGGUAGCAGUUGCUUAUGAAUGCCUUCAUGACGAUGAAUGUAAUAUGGAGUGCAACUGUAAGAACGCCUCGGACUGUUUGGGGAACCCCAGGAGGUGUCCGUCUGGCUGUGCAGUGGGAUACACCGGAAAAAACUAUGGCUGUGAAAAAAUUGAAGUAACGCCUGCAUCGACUCUGGAGCACGAAACGUCAACAGCUGGUGAAACUACAUCACCUCCAGUGGAACCGACCAACGCAUGCAGUAGCGGCUAUUACAGGGACGGGCAAGCCUGUACACCGUGUGGAGCUGGGUGUACGUCACCGUGUAACGCGGCGAACGGCAACUGUACGUGUAAACUUGGCUGGACGGGAAAUAGCUGCAACAACUGCGAGGACGGCUAUUACAUGGAUAAACGUGACUCUUACAUGGAUAGACGUGACUGUGUAGAGUGUGGUGCUGGAUGUGAGUCGGGGACUUGUGAAGAUGAAACCGGCCACUGUAGCUGUAGAUCUGGUUGGAAAGUACCGAGAUGUGCAACACGGUGUGUCAGGUACCGUUACGGUAUUGACUGUAAACAGACCUGUUCAUAUGGAUGCAACUCGAGAGAAUGUAACAGUUCUACCGGAGAGUGUCUGACUCGGUCCUGCAAACCAGGGUGGAGAAGCACAGAUUCCCGUCGACGAUGUGAUCAGGAGUGUCCUGAUGGCUCGUUUGGUGUCAAUUGUGACUCAAAAUGUUCAGCUGGAUGUCGUGUAUCUUCGUGUAAUCGGAAAACUGGAAGAUGUAGCUGUAAACAUGGAUGGACACCUGGGUCUUCUAACAGAUGUGACAGGUGUGCUCGUGACAAGUACGGCAUUGACUGUCAACAGACCUGUUCAUCUGGAUGCAAGUCGGGAGGAUGUAACAGUUCCACCGGAGAGUGUCUGGGUGGGUCCUGCAAACCCGGGUGGAUGAACACAGAUUCCCUUCAACGUUGUGAUCAGGAGUGUCCUGACGGCUCGCAUGGUGUCAAUUGUGUCUCGACAUGUUCACCCGGAUGUCUUGUAUCUCCGUGUGAUCGGAUAACUGGAAGGUGUAAAUAUGACGGAGGCUACUGUAAACGUGGAUGGACAUCAUGGUAUUCUCACCCUUACAGAUGUGACAGAUGCAAUGGCGGCUAUUACGGAGAUGGACAAGACUGUACACAGUGUGGAGCUGGAUGUAAUGGAGUUUGUGAUGGCAAUGACGGCCACUGCAAAUGUAAAACUGGCUGGACGGGAACUAGAUGCAACAAAUGCGAGGACGGCUAUUACAUGGAUAGACGUGACUGUGUAGAGUGUGGUGCUGGAUGUGAGCCUGGGACUUGUAACGCUAAUAACGGGCUCUGUACCUGUGUGUCGGGGUGGAAAGGACCUCGAUGUGCAACACGUUGUGAUGUCGGAACAUAUGGACCAGGUUGCACAGGAAAGUGUAACGCGGGAUGUAAACCAGGGUCCUGCAACCACGUCACCGUUGACUGCAAGUGUAAAGACGGAUGGAGAGGUCCCAGAUGUGAACACAUUUGUCCUGAGGAAACAUAUGGACGAGACUGUACAGGGGAGUGUAACGCGGGAUGUAAACCAUUGUCCUGCCACCAUAUCACCGGUGACUGCAACAACCAGUGUGAAGACGGAUGGACAGGUCCCAGUUGUGAACACAAAUGUAUUGACGGAACUUAUGGACUAUACUGUACAGAGGAGUGUAACACAGGAUGUAAACCAUGGUCCUGCAACCACAUCACUGGUGACUGCAACAACCAGUGUGAAGACGGAUGGACAGGUCGCAGAUGUGAACACAAAUGCAUUGACGGAACUUAUGGACGAAACUGUACAGGGGAGUGUAACGAGGGAUGUAAACCAGGGUCCUGCCGCCAUGACACUGGUGACUGCAACAGCCAGUGUAAAGACGGAUGGACAGGUGCCAGUUGUGAACACAAAUGUAUUGACGGAACUUAUGGACUAGACUGUACAGAGGAGUGUAACACAGGAUGUAAACGAUGGUCCUGCAACCACAUCACUGGUGACUGCAACAACCAGUGUGAAGACGGAUGGACAGGUCGCAGAUGUGAACACAAAUGCAUUGACGGAACUUAUGGACGAAACUGUACAGGGGAGUGUAACGAGGGAUGUAAACCAGGGUCCUGCCGCCAUGACACUGGUGACUGCAACAGCCAGUGUAAAGACGGAUGGACAGGUGCCAGUUGUGAACACAAAUGUAUUGACGGAACUUAUGGACUAUACUGUACAGAGGAGUGUAACACAGGAUGUAAACCAUGGUCCUGCAACCACAUCACUGGUGACUGCAACAACCAGUGUGAAGACGGAUGGACAGGUCGCAGAUGUGAACACAAAUGCAUUGACGGAACUUAUGGACGAAACUGUACAGGGGAGUGUAACGAGGGAUGUAAACCAGGGUCCUGCCGCCAUGACACUGGUGACUGCAACAGCCAGUGUAAAGACGGAUGGACAGGUGCCAGUUGUGAACACAAAUGUAUUGACGGAACUUAUGGACUAGACUGUACAGAGGAGUGUAACACAGGAUGUAAACGAUGGUCCUGCAACCACAUCACUGGUGACUGCAACAACCAGUGUGAAGACGGAUGGACAGGUCGCAGAUGUGAACACAAAUGCAUUGACGGAACUUAUGGACGAAACUGUACAGGGGAGUGUAACGAGGGAUGUAAACCAGGGUCCUGCCGCCAUGACACUGGUGACUGCAACAGCCAGUGUAAAGACGGAUGGACAGGUGCCAGUUGUGAACACAAAUGCGGGAAAGGGCAAUAUGGAUCUGGAUGUAGAAAGCCGUGCCGUCGUGAAUGUCUUAGCUGCCACCACGUGACAGGGAGUUGUGCCAGUAACUGCGUUUCUGGAUGGCAUGGGGAAAACUGCACUUCACGAUGUCGAUCGGGUAUAUAUGGCCAGGACUGCAGGUAUCAGUGCCAUGAAGGAUGUCAGCCUGAGAAAUGCGACUCUAUCAAUGGAAGUUGUGGAACUUCGUGUAGAGCUGGGUGGACUGGAGAAAACUGUGUAGACGUCUGUUCCCCUGGGGCACACGGAGAGAACUGUGUGCUGAAUUGCUCAAGAGGAUGUGUCAACCAGACUUGUGACAGGACCACUGGACGUUGUGACAUGUGUCUGGAUGGAUGGGAACACAAGGACCAGAACACAUCAAGAUGCGACAAAGAAUGUGAUGAUGGAAUGUUCGGUGAACAGUGUAACGAUGAAUGCAGCAUCCACUGUGUCAAUGCCACGUGUCAUCAUGUCAAUGGUUCCUGUACUCAUGGCUGUUUUGACGGACGAAGUGGCGAAUAUUGUGAAGUUUCUGAAGCCGGACACCAGAAUGUAAACCUCAUCGUUGGACUUGUACUCUUCCUAAUUGCUGUUAUAGCAGUUGCAAUGUGUGCUGUUGUCUACUUUCGAGAGCCGUUGAGAAGAUUAAGAGGAAAAAAGACUGGGGAAGACAUGACCAACGGUUUGAGCUUCCCUAUGGCAGCCCGGGAAGGCCAGGGUGCAUCGGAAAACGGGGCCGUCUACGACGAUGACGAGGCUAUCUAUAUCAAUGUUCCCAGUAGUGUUCCAGUGGCAGUCAGUGACCUCAAGGACUUCGUUGCAAAGAAGAAAGCCACAAAAGAAAUCUUGGUGAAAGAGUAUGCUGAGCUCCCCAAAGGUCUGACAGCAAUUCACGACAAAGCGCUGACGCAAGUGAACAGUCCAAAGAAUCGAUUUAAAGGCAUUUACCCGUACAACCCCUCUCUGGUCGUGCUGAAAGGCCCGAGUGGAAGCAGUGGCUACAUAAACGCCAGCUUCAUUGAUGGACCAACAAGGGGAAAAAAGUACAUUGCAACACAGGGGCCCCUGCCUCACACCGUCGUGGACUUCUUGGAGAUGAUCUGGCAACAGAACGUGCCUGUCAUCGUCAUGCUGGCCAAUAUCAUUGAAGAUGGAAGGAGACGGUGUGAGCCGUACUGGCCCAAUGAACCAGGCGAGGAUUCCAAGACGUUCGGCCCCUGGAAGAUCACAGUAGCUGACUCCUGUCCCCUUGCUGACUUCACUAUCAGGACGCUUAAAAUGAGGAAGGGAGCGGUGGAAAAGACCGUGAAACAUGUUCACUACAUGGUGUGGCCUGACAAGGAUGUGCCAGACAACACCAUGUCUCUGGUGGACCUCAGGAACAAAGUCAGGACCUUCUGUGACUUUGCGGAAGGUCCCAUGGUGGUACACUGCAGUGCUGGCGUAGGCAGGACAGGAACUUUGAUUGCUCUGGACUCUCUGAUAGAAGACGCAGAGACCCGCAGCAAGGUGGACAUCUACGGCUGUGUCUGGCGGCUGAGGAACUUCAGAGUCAGCAUGGUGCAGACACAGUCCCAGUAUGUGUUCCUGCACGACUGCAUCCUGGACGCUCUGUGUCAUACAGUGCACCCCACACCCGCCAGUUUCUAUGACAACGCUUAUAAACAGCUAAAGGGAGGCUCUGGCAUUGCUGUUGCCUAUCAGAAACUCAGCGAGUGUCCUGUAACAGAUCAUCUAAGUGACGCUGCCAGAGACCUGGAGAACAUCAACAAAAACAGGAGCGAGGACAUUCUUCCUGGAGACAAACAUCGCGCUAUUCUCUCAACCCAUAUUGCAGGAGGCAAUGACUACAUCAACGCCGUCAUCGCACCGUCAUAUGAGAAGCGGGAGGCUUUUAUCCUCACUCAAAUCCCCCUGACGUCGACGGUGGUUGACUUCUGGCGACUGGUCCACGACUACGACAUCCGUGGCAUUGUCCUGCUGGAGAACUACACCGACUUGGACGCAAAGUGUGGCGUGUUCUGGGCCAAGAACAACAAGCCGACCAAGUUUGGCCCCUUCAAUGUAGGUGAAGGCAAGACUGAGAAACAGACCGGCUUUACCACGGAGAAGAUCUCCUACAGUCUAGGGACCGAAGAAAAAGACGUAACCGUGUUCCGGUCUUCCGCCUGGCCUCAGAAGAGUUCACUUCCGGAAUCCCCAUCUAGCCUCCUGAGCUUAAUCGACUUCCUCAGACAGUGGAACACCGGGACAUCACCCCUCCUAGUUGUCUGCAGGGACGGUGCCACCCGAAGCGGUCUGUUCUGUGUAGUGGCCAGUGCAGUGCAGCGACUGCUGUUGGAGAAAGAAGUUGCCCUCCCGCAGACGAUACGCAUCAUACGUUUUGUCAGAAAACAGGUUAUUCCUAACCGGGAACAAUUUGAAUUCUGCUUUGACUCUGUGAAGGUCUACAUGGACAGUUUCCAGGAAUAUUCAAACUUUGCUUGAGAAGAAUGUUUUAUUGAGUUCAGUUAACUUGUUCUUUGUGUUUUUCUUUUUAACGUUGUUAUAAUUCAACUUUGUUACUCGUGUUUUUUUCAUUUAUUGAAAAUAUAAAUACAGUUUUUGUGUUAUUUCAAUUGAUUUCAAGUCAACUCUGUGAGAAUUGUUUACGUGAAAGAAUCUGAAUACUAUCUCAGAAGCAUUAAAGAUAUAUAACUGACAUAUUUCUUUUCAGAUCGGUCUCGUCAAUGUGAAUACUUUUGUGAGAGUACUUUUGGUUUGUUCUUAAAUAUUAUUGUCCAAGACUAUUGUCUUUGUUACCACAUAGUGCGACGUAGAUUAAGAUUAGAUAAAAUCAAGAUAUGUUUACAAAAGGGUAUGACGAUAUAUAUUUUCCUGAAUACCUCGUAUUGUCAGGCUGAUAUCAACUUGUCAGUAUUUUCAGUUACUUUGAUUAUUUGUUUUUGAUUCAUUUUAUAUAAAUUACUGUUUAAUUUUUGUUUAAUAACUUUCCUCCUUAGAUUAUAAUUUUAGCUGCAAACGCAGGAUAUCCUCGUAACAGUUAUUUCUAUUGUUAAAAAGUGACUCAUCAAACAAUAAAAAAAAACUCAAACGUCUGAUUGGUCUAGGUUUGCGUUUCCUUAAUGCUACUUUCAGACAGAUUUCCCGUUUAUUGUUCCUG